CAGUAGUAUUUAGAGCGCUGCUGGUAACUAACCAGGUUUCCCCUUUAGUCUGUGGCAGUACUGUAAUAAAGGACCAAUCAGAUAUGCCAUUACACGCAUGCGCGCAGGACCUACUUUCACUGUAUUUUGAUCCUUCUAACAUUAGACUGGAGAGGUUGGGAAUUCCCCAGGACAACUCUUUAGCAAGACGCCUUGACUUGUAAACAACUUAACACGGUAACAUUUAUUUUACUCCUUAAAUAACCUUUUAAAAUAUGAACUUUGAUGAUAUCAGUUAGAGCUUAGUUGCAGCGCCAUGCGCUGUUUUCUUAGCCUGGUCCUAGCACUUUAACUUGCUAGCUAGCCAACUGCUAGUGCAGACAGUUGCCAGCUUGACAGCACAGCUAGCCUGCUACUUUGCUUUAGCAAACGGUCUAUCAGGUUAGCUACUAAAAGUAAAUAUACAUCAAUUCUAACCAGCUGUUAUUGCUAUUAUUGCAAAGGAGUCUAUACAAAUUGCAUAGCUAGCUAGCAACAGUAUUCGUAAUGGCUGGUAUUCAGCCCAGGUGCGAUUCUGGAAAGCCGACUACACGGCCUGAACUUCGCUUCGGGCUUGACAAACACGAAGCUCUGGGUACUUCUUCACCGGAGGAUUGGUGCGACAGUGGGCUAGAAUGUCUUAGUGGAGCAGCGCUGAGUCUGGAUGACCCCUUCAGCAAUGAGACAUCCCAAACCUGGGGGCCCAGGGCCCCUCCUUACACGACCUCCUACCCAUCACUGGAUGAGACUGACAAGCGCCCCAUGGACUGUAGUUCACCGGGAGGUGAAGAGAGGUUGGACUCCGCUAUAGGGGACUCAAUUACAGAUGAGACGAUGGGGAGUAUAUCACAGGGGCUGGGGACCAUGCACCUGAAUGAACCAGUUAUCAGUGAUACAGUGGAUGACAGUGGGAGGCAAGCAGCACCAAGCCCGGAGGAGGAAAGACGGAGAGAGAUGUUCAACACACUGAACUUUGUGUCUGAGGAUGGAGACACGGCUCUUCACUUGGCUCUUAUCCACGAGCACUGGGCCUUCGUACAGUACCUUCUGGGGGUGAUAGCACUGGACCGGAGCUGGGUGCCUUACCUGGACAUCCAGAACCAUUUGGGACAGACUGCCCUUCACCUGGCUGUCAUAGUGGACCAGGCCCAGUUUGUGCGAGGGCUGCUGUGGGGUGCUGCGAGCGCUGAAGUCCAGGAGAGGGGAGGGAACACACCACUGCACCUGGCCGUCAGGGAGCUGAGGCAGGACUGUGUACGAGAGAUCACCUCCAACUGCCAGAGCACUGACUACCUGCAUGUCACCAACUACUCAGGGGUGAGUGCACUGCAUUUGGCAGUACAGAGGGGCAAGGAGGACAUAAUCAGCAUGCUGAUUGAGGCAGGAGCCAAUGUUAACCAGAGGGACCUGGGCUCAGGCCGCUCCCCUCUACACUGGGCCGUGGAGUCCCAGAGCCCCAGGCUGGUGCAGCUACUGCUGCAGGGGGGGGCCAAUGUAGACCAGCCCUCCUAUGCAGGCCACACAGCCCUCUACUGCGCCCUGCACAGGCCCAACAAGGAGGUACAGGCCCUGCUCAAGGCUAGAGGGGCCUCUGACACACAGGCCCAGGAUGAAGAGGAGGAGAGGGAGAGCGAAGAUGAGGAGUUUGAUGACGUUGUUAUCAAUGGACAACGAGUGCACUAACCAUGAACAAGGACACUAAGCCACAUGGAGCCAUGGCGCUGCUGCUUGGCUAAGCUAUAGAUGUAGAUUGUGCAUUUGUGUGUGUGGUUUGUGUAUGUAUGUGUGCCUGUAAAUUGUAUAAAGCAAGGCUGCUGGGGAACUCCAGUUCUCAACCCAGUCAGGAACUAAGUCGUUCGAUUUAGCUGAUCACAGUUGUUCCUUCUUCAAAUUAGUUCCCUUAAAUUGUGCAGCGUGCGAGCUAAUAUUAGUUGGAUCACAUGGUUUUAGUGUCUGGAGCUAAGCUUACCAAGACUAGUGUUGCCUACCCUAAGCAUGGGAGAAUGAUCCAACCAUGGACUCAGCUGUGUGCUGUCAAACUCGAAUCAAUGGCCCCACCCACUAGUGGCCACAUCUCUUGUACAAAUCAAAUUUUAUUUGCCACAUGCGCCGAAUACAACAGGUGUAGACAUUACAGUGAAAUGCUUACUUACAAGCC